AUGUCCGAAAUUAAUGACAGAAAGUUAUUGAUUGAAAAAAUUGAAAAAAUGGCAAAUAAUAAGAGAAAGCAACAGCCAGAAUGCGAAGAGAGUCCACAACCGUUAUUGACAACCGAAGAUAGUGUACAGAAAGAGUCGAAAAAAAGGUUUAGAAUAAAUGUAGAUGACGCCACUGCCGUAAAUGAUCAAAUGGAUUGGACUUAUUCGGUUCAACAGAUUUAG